GUUGUUCGCAAAUUCUCGCCGACAUGGGCCAGACUUGCUCGUGCCUUGACCACAGCUUCUCAGCGAGUCGGAGUCGGCGCAACUCUCCUCAACCAGACCACGGUGCGUCAUCUCCCAACGAACCUCCGCAUGAAUCCCGUGGGUUGCUCAAAGACCACAGCGUCGUGGAUGUCGAUGCGGAGUCGACUACCCCAGUCUCACGCCGCAGCACUGACGACAAUGCAGUCAUGAAGCGCACGAACCGCGCCGUAGACACAUCUUCCUCGUACACGACGACAUCGUACUUUGAAGAAUCCCCCAAGAGCAGUUGUACACCGCCACCUCAAACGUCGGCAGCUGUGAUCUCGUCCGUUGACGCAUACCUGCCUCUGCAGGCCCCAUCGACGAAUACUGAAGUGGUCGACGGCGUCGAGCUAGAAUGCGUCAUGUGUCUUGACGCCUUCGAUGCCGGGAACCCUCGCAUCCGAACGUUGUGCAACUGCGGCAUGAACCGAACCAACUUUCACCUGUCGUGUCUGCUGGAAUGGACCGACCGCGACAAGAAUUGCCCCGUGUGCCGCGAAUACUUGUAUUUCGAAGAGAAUUACGACAUGGAAGAUUAAUAAUUCAUCUGUAUUUAAGUUACAACACAAAAGAAGCUCUAA